AAUUGAGAUUGGCAGGAUUUGUGUGUUGAGCUUCUUAGAUGCGCUACAUAUACAACUUAAAGGCUUUGAUCAUUAAGUCCAUGAUGCUUCCUUCCAACAUGUUGAUAACCAUGCUAAUUGAAGGACGAAUGAUGGACAAAAGUACAGCAGAUGUAGCUUCAGAUGGGUAUCACAAAUAUAAGGAAGAUGUCAAGCUGAUGGCUGAAUUGGGAUUGGACUCCUACAGAUUCUCCAUCUCUUGGUCAAGACUUCUUCCGAAUGGAAGAGGAUUUGUGAAUCCUAAAGGUCUGCAGUUCUACAACAACUUCAUCGAUGAGCUAGUGAAAUAUGGGACUGGAUUGGUCUUACUUCAUCAUUUGAAUUUGCAAAUUUAGCUGGUUUAGUAGAGAAGAUCAUGUGAACUCCUGGAUCUUCUUGGAUGCAAGAACUCUCAUGAAUCAAUGAGUUGUUGAUGCUCUGAACAUUGCUAUUCACACUUGUGCUAAUGGAGGGGACUUCAGUACUUGCCAUUUUAGGUGCAUCCAUGAGAGAUUUGUCAUUGACCUU